AAUUUCCUCGUAUGAUUUCUUUCACAUUAUACUCUUUUAACUUUGAGCUAUGAACUGCUCUGUUUGUCUAUUUCUUCCCUGUUUAUUUCAAUCCUUAGCGAAAAGGAAAGAGAAAAGAGAGGGAAAUGGGAAGCGAUAGCGAAGUGGAAAAGUCACAUCAGAAGGAGAAGGAGAGGAAGAAGAUGUUAGCCAUUGCUCCCAUCGCAAAGCCCCUUGCUGGGAAGAAGCUCUCCAAGAAAACCCUUAAACUCGUCCGCAAAGCAUCUGAGCACAAGUGCUUGAAGAGAGGAGUAAAAGAAGUAGUUAAAAGCAUUAGGCGUGGCCAUAAAGGAUUAUGUGUUAUAGCUGGAAACAUAUCUCCUAUUGAUGUCAUAACUCAUCUCCCGAUUCUAUGCGAAGAGGCUGAGAUUCCCUAUGUCUAUGUACCUUCGAAAGAAGAUCUUGCAACAGCAGGAGCUACCAAGAGACCAACAUGCUGUGUUCUGGUGUUGACAAAGCCCGCAAAAGGCGAACUCGCCCCCGAGGAACAAGAAAUGAUAAAGGCCGAUUAUGGCCAGAUAGUAUCGGAUGUAUCCGAGCUUGCAUCCUCCCUUUUUUAAUUACCAAGAGACCAACAUAAUGUGUUCUGUUGUUGCCAUUCUUGUUUUCUGCAUCUCAGGGUGUGGUGCUCUGUCACCAUCAUUUAUCUAUCUCCUCAAAACCUUUUGUUUUACUUCAUUCAACCAUUUUAAGUGUUUAAUCAGUAAAAUGUUUUAUUUCCCUUUGA